UUGUCAGCCAUUUCCUACACUGAUCCAUUGCCAGCGUCUCUGCACAGCACAGGACGCCCCGUCUGGCCUCAGCUUCAUCUGCCCGGGCUUGGUAAACAGCAGCCGACCCUGCACACACGGUCCCGGGUUGAUGAGACACGGCUUGGAGGGUCGUUCGGCACCCACUAGACCCUCUGGAAGGCGCUUGGCCCCGCGAGACAGAAGCCGUACAAGUCACAGGCAGCCAUGGCUUUGAAGAUUGUCAAAGGGAGCAUCGAUCGGAUGUUCGAUAAAAAUCUUCAGGAUUUAGUACGUGGCAUUAGGAAUCACAAGGAAGAUGAGGCCAAGUACAUCUCCACAUGCAUCGAUGAGAUCAAACAGGAGCUCAAGCAGGACAACAUCGCCGUCAAAGCCAAUGCUGUGUGCAAGCUCACCUACCUUCAGAUGCUGGGCUAUGAUGUCAGCUGGGCCGCUUUCAACAUCGUUGAAGUCAUGAGCUCCUCCAAGUUCACAUACAAGAGGAUUGGCUACCUGGCGGCCUCGCAGUGCUUUCAUGAGAGCACGGAUGUUAUCAUGCUGACGACCAAUCAGAUCAGAAAGGAUCUCAGCAGUCCAAAUCAGUACGACACAGGUGUUGCUCUGACUGGCCUCUCUUGUUUUGUGACCCCCGAUCUGGCACGGGACCUGGCUAAUGAUAUCAUGACACUGAUGUCUCACACUAAACCUUACAUCAGAAAGAAAGCAGUGCUGAUCAUGUACAAGGUGUUUUUGAAGUACCCAGAGUCCCUGCGUCCAGCUUUCCCAAGGCUUAAGGAGAAACUGGAGGAUCCAGACCCAGGUGUCCAGUCUGCAGCAGUAAAUGUUAUCUGUGAGCUGGCUCGGAGAAAUCCCAAAAACUACCUGUCUCUGGCCCCUCUUUUCUUCAAACUCAUGACCUCCUCUACUAAUAACUGGGUUCUCAUUAAGAUCAUCAAGCUGUUUGGUGCUCUCACACCUCUUGAGCCACGUUUGGGAAAGAAGCUGAUUGAACCUCUGACUAAUCUCAUCCACAGUACCUCUGCCAUGUCUCUGCUGUAUGAAUGUGUCAACACUGUUAUUGCAGUGUUGAUUUCCUUGUCCUCUGGGAUGCCAAACCACAGUGCUAGUAUCCAGCUCUGUGUGCAGAAACUGCGAAUCCUGAUAGAAGACUCGGACCAGAACUUGAAGUACCUGGGCCUUUUGGCCAUGUCAAAGAUCCUGAAGACCCAUCCCAAAUCAGUGCAGUCUCAUAAAGACCUCAUUCUUCAGUGUCUGGAUGACAAGGAUGAGUCGAUCCGUUUGAGAGCUCUGGACCUGCUCUAUGGCAUGGUCUCCAAGAAGAACUUGAUGGAGAUUGUGAAGAAGCUGAUGCUCCAUGUGGACAAAGCAGAAGGGACCACCUACAGAGAUGAACUGCUUACCAAGAUCAUCGACAUCUGCAGCCAGAGCAACUACCAGUACAUUACAAACUUUGAAUGGUACAUCAGUAUCUUGGUAGAGCUGACCCGAUUAGAGGGAACACGGCAUGGCCACCUCAUUGCCUCUCAGAUGCUGGAUGUUGCCAUUCGGGUCAAAGCUAUCCGGGCCUUUGCUGUUGCCCAGAUGGCAACCCUGCUGGACAAUGCCCACCUGUUGACAGGCAACAUGCAGCGAAAGGGCAUCUGUGAAGUCCUGUAUGCUGCUGCCUGGAUCUGCGGUGAAUUCUCAGAACACUUGGAGAACCCCAUGCAGACGCUAGAGGCCAUGCUGCGGCCCAAGGUGGCCACCCUACCAGGCCAUAUACAAGCAGUUUAUGUGCAGAAUGCAGCCAAGCUGUUUGCCACUGUGCUGAAGAGCCAAGAGGGUAACACGGACAGCACAGCAGCACAGGAAACCAGCCAGCUGAUGAUAGACAGGCUGCCGCUGUUUGUUCAAAGCGCCAACCUGGAGGUGCAGGAAAGGGCAUCCUGCAUCCUGCAGUUGGUCAAGUAUAUCCAGAAACUGCAACAGAAAGAUGUGGAAGUAGCAGAGGAAGUCAGCGCACUGUUUGCUGGAGAACUCAACCCUGUUGCCCCAAAGGCACAGAAGAAAGUGCCUGUCCCUGAAGGUCUGGACUUGGAUGCAUGGAUCAAUGAGCCUCCAUCUGAAAGUGAGUCUGAGGACGAGCAACCCAAGGCUAUUUUUACUAAGGAGGAGCCCAAACACUCUCGCCCCCGCCACACAGAGGUGGAUGAGAAAGAGCUGGCAAGGAGAAGAGAAGCAAGAAAACAGGAGCAAGCCAACAACCCGUUCUACAUCAAGGCCUCGCCAUCCUCUCAGAAGGUGUACCAGGAAGCCCCUGGUGUGGAGCACAUCCCAGUCGUGCAGAUUGACCUCAGUGUGCCUCUAAAAGUCCCAGGUCUGCCUAUGUCUGACCAGUACGUGAAACUUGAGGAGGAGCGUCGGCAGAAAGAGAGAGCGGAAAAGAAGAAGAAGGAGAAAAAGAAACGGAAAGAAAAGCACAGUGGCCGAGGGAAGAAACACGAUUCAGGUCCAGAGAGUGAGGAGGACAUCACGCCUGCGCACAUGGUCGACAUAGUAACCGAGGAGAUGCCAGAGAAUGCCUUACCCAGUGAUGAUGAUGAAAAAGACCCUAAUGAUCCUCAUAAAGCCCUGGAUAUCGACCUAGACAGCUUGGUGGAGACGGCUAGGCGCAGGCCACUCGCCGACAGCGAGAAGCUACCGGUCAGGUCACACCGUGCAGCAGAGGCUCCAAAAAGUCCAGCAGAAGACGGGGAGGCAGAGAGCGCUGCUACACAAGAACCCAAGAAGAAGAGCAGCAAAGAGAAGAGAGAGAAGAAGAAGGAUAAAGACAGGGAUAGAAAGAAGAGCAAAGAGGAGAAAAAGAAGAAGAAACACAAACAUGAAGAAAAAGAGGAGGAUCUUCUUGGGGGCCAGGCAGACGAGCCUGUCGUCCAAUCAGAAGAAACCAGUGAGGUAGCUGCACCGCCCAACUCCACAAGUGCUGAGGUUUCGGAUCUGGAUUUCUGGCUCUCAAACGCUCCAGUGCCCUCUAACACCCAGGAAACAGCAACAGUAGCAGCAGCAGCAGAAGCAGCCCCCAUGCCUGGGGCAGCCUCCGGCACGGCGCCAAACUCUGAGCCUGAUGAGCCCAAAGACACCGAAGUGGAGGAGACUAAGUCCUCCAAACACAAGAAGAAGAAGCAGAAAAAAGAGAAGGAAGAGAAGGAGAAGAAAAAGAAGAAGAAGCAUCAUCACCAUCAUCACCACAGUGACGGAGGUGGAGGAGAGGAGUCAGUGCAGAAUGGCACAGUGGAGGAGGAAGAGCCACUGCCGCCCAUGUCCAAUUACUGCCUGCUGGCUGAGAACUCCUACAUCAAGAUGAUGAUGGAGGAUGGUGAUCAGGUAAAUGACAUCCAGGGAAAUCUACAGGAUGGCAGUCAGGUGGUGGUGUCUGUUAUAUUUGAAAACAAGUGUGAAAGCUUCCUCAAGUCGAUGGAGUUCAACGUCUUGGACUCUCUUAACUCCAAGCUGCAGAGGCCAGAGGGGUCAGGUCCACAUGAUGGCCUCACCGUCCCCUUUCAACUUCCACCCGGUGUGUCCAAUGAGGCGAGAUUUGUCUUCACCGUGCAGAGCAUUGUGAUGCCACAGAAACUUAAGGGAACCCUCACCUUUAUAGUAAAGAAUGAGGACUCCUCCACUCAUGAGAAACUGGACUUUAAACUGCACUUUACCUGCACCUCCUAUCUAAUCACUACUCCCUGUUACAGUGAUGCAUUUGCGAAGCUGCUGGAGUCAGGUGACUUGAAGGGCAGCUCUAUCAGGCUGGAGGGAGUCAACAUGCCCUUCCACCACCUUCUGGCUAGGAUCUGCUUCCACCACCAUUUCUCUGUUGUGGAGAGGAUCGACUCCUGUGCCUCCAUGUACAGCAGGUCUAUCCAGGGUCACCAUGUCUGUCUGCUGGUCAAAACUUCUGGUCAGACAGUGUCCAUUGACGCUAAAUGUGACGAGCCGACGCUGCUUGGGAAUGUGCUGGAUGAGAUCAAGCAGACCUUCUCUCAGUGCUGAUUAUGUCCGACAGCCCCAGGGAGCCCCCCUCGACCUUUCCACACAGCCCCUUCCCUUGCUGAAACACAACAUAAUCAUAUUACGAAACACUGCGGCUGGCACCUCCAGUAUCACCCUAUUUAUUAGUCCUCAGAUUCGCAAGACUUCUCGCCCCUUUUUCCUUUCUUCUUCAGUGUCCCCACACUCCUGCUCCUCUGCACUCUGAGCUCUUUGGUCACUCUCAAUGUUGUUUUACAGACUCACUGUGUACAUGCACUGUCUUCUCUGCAAAGCAGCUUAAUUUUUACUUCCGGUUCCUCCCCAACUCUGACUGUACUGAGCUCCUUUUUCCGGGUGCUCUGCUUCCUCUGCUCUUUGCUGUGCGCCUCUCCACCCUCCACUCUGUCGGCAAUUCAGUCUGUGACAGUCAUGUAAUGUAAUGUUGACAACUGGACUUUUGCUGUUAAUGGUUGAAUUGUGUUUUUACUGUUUUGAAGGUUUUUUUGUCUUUGGUUUGUUUUUUGUUUGUUGUUUUGUAUUUUUCCUUUAUCUUUUUGUCUGAAGCCUAUCUGCGCCUUUUUCUUGACCCCUUCUUUCCGCUCACUUAACAUCAGUGUGCGUACUGAUGCGUGCGUGUUCAUCUGUGUAGGCCUGGAAACAAAACAUUUGACUGACUCUUUCUCAGACCGGAAAAAUGAGUACUCUAACUCGCUCACCCACCACUGACCGGCUGCCUGGAGACGACCAGACACCGAACAACUGCAGUUAAGUAUAGUGCUAAGAUGAAACCAAAGCUACAUAUAAGGCAUGGGUUGUAGACUUCUUUCCAAGACAUUGCCCUACUUGCCUCCUGGCAGGGCACAGAGCAGAUCUGCUAACGUUAGUUCAACAGAAUCCUUUUGUGGCACUACGGGUGAUUUGUACAGUUUAUCAGUUGUUUUUGCUCUGUGCCUUGGCCAUGCAAUCUGACUUACUCCUGCACACCAUGAGUCCUGUAGAGGCCCGCCCCCUCCUCUGAAUAUACACUCCCUGAUAAACUGCAAUAUGCUGCAGUUUGACCCCUCAAUAAGGCACUUCCAGCACAUCAUUCUGUUCGUGAAACAAAGCAUUUGAAAACAGGAGAAUAUGAAAAUAAUUGUAUGAAACAGUUACACAGUAAUGCUAGAUUUCAGUUAUAUUGCAACCUGUCCAUGCAAGUCAGCAACAUGAACUUUCAAAGGGUUUGUCCCCAUAGAGAGAUGUUAAAUUAAAAGAAGCUGUUAUUUCUAUGAUACUAUGUUGCUGGCAUAAUUUGGCACAAAGAGAGCUGUCCAUGUUGUGCCUUUUAAAAAGUAAAAAAAAUUACGCCUGACUAAAGAAUAACAAACGUUACAUUAUCAACCUUUUCUGCUCCAUAUAUCGGGGUACUGUCGUUUUUCUCUCUGUACAUGGAGAUUAGUAAGUGGUCAGUGGUUUAAGGUUCCCUUUCAAUCAGUAUUCACUAGUGUCACUCUGUACUUCAUGUUCAACCAUGUAAAACAUUUGCGCCUGUGCCACUCGACCAGUAGCUGCACUCAUGCUGGCUUGACACCCACGCUGGCUGACAACCAGCUGGCGUGAGCCCAGAUAAACCCCAGUGUUCCUUUUCCCUUGUAUAUCUGCCUUGCCUUUAUUUUUCUGUGCUUUGACAUGUUAUAUUGAACAUAAAAGGCCGUUUUUGGAACGAAAUAGCCUUAUCUUAGAGCUCUCUCAGAGGUACUUGAUGUUUAGUUUGUCAUUCACGUCUGUAGUCACUACCUGGUCCAGCACGAUUUAACCUAGUAGUAGCAAGAUUAAAACUGACUUGGUAGUGUCUCUGAUCAUGUUUUGUAAGGCCAUCUUUACAUAUGUCUGCUAUUGUAGAUAACUAUGAUAAUGAUGUCUGUGACCUGAAGAGGAGGUCAGCCAUUCCAUGAGAUCUUCUGUCCAGUAGUAGAGUGUAAAUGAAGGAGGUGAUCAGCUGUAUUUCAGGAAUUUCAAUAAAAAAGAAGUAUGUAAGUAUUUCCUCCUCCUGAAGAUGACUGAUAAGUGAAACAGAAAAAACAACUUCCCUGAUCAUACGUUGUCCUGAUUCUGAUCAUUUUCCUGUUCAUAAUAAUUGAUUAAAAUUUGUAUAUUGCAUGAUUAGGAAUGUACACUUUUUAUUUCCCUCUUUUUCAGUUCCAUUGACAUGCUUACACAAACAACAACUUGUCAUUCCAUUUGCCCUUUUGCUUUAUAACUUUUUUUUAAAAUGAAGUUUACUUGACCAUUCUCUAUUUUUGAUGGUAUUGUGUUUUUAACUGUUUUAAGUUUAAACAAUAUAAAAGAGAUAUUAUUGAAUGUUUUAAAUUAUUAUUCACAGGGGAAGGAAGGGGGUUCUAUUUGGUGUCAUGACACUGAGGGCAGGGGGCUUUAAAUACGUAUGUUAGUAGAACAGAUGCCGUCAAGCAGUGUACUGAGAGGCAACCCACUCUGUCUUCAUUUUUGGUUCAGCUGUCCUGAAUUAUUUUACCAAGUUUGGCUUGUGACAAAAAUAUACUCUCAAAUGACUGAUUUUGAAGGUUCUGUCUUUUUAUUUCUCCAUACUCAAUUGUUCAACUGUACAAUGUAAAAUGUUUUAAAGGGGACAACAUAAAUUAUCUACAUUCCCUUUGAAGAAAGUCCACUGAAUUAAAAUAAAGGCUGUAAGAAGC